UGCAAAAAGGAGUUGCUAUAUAUACUCCUGCCACGGUAGAGUUGUGCUGCACCUCUCAUUAGUCAUCUCUUACUGAUCAUAUUGGCAAGGAUUUUAUGUCUGCUGAAUACAUGGAUCGAACUACACUCUUCAAGGAUGCUAGAGGAUACUAUUGCAGCAGAUGCCGACAACGGCUCCCAAUCAAUAUAAAUGUCUCAGAAAUUCAAUGUCCGACUUGCCAGAGAGUUGGGUAUCGUCCAGCACCAACUAUUCAGCGAUCCUAUAACUCUAAAGAAAAUUGCAGAGUUUCUCAUGUUGUGGAAAAGAUGAAGAACAUGUUUUCAGGAAAUUAUCAAGAAAGCAGUGUUAGUGAUAAACCCAAGUCACUGAAUUGUAAUCCAUCUCCUUUGCUACCCAGAAUGCGGUCGGUAAGACCCAGGAAACGUGCACUGCUUAUAGGAAUUACUUAUGCAAGUUGGAGGAAUAGGCUCAAGGGUACUGUCAAUGAUGUCAAGAAUAUGAGAAAAUUGCUGAUAGAAACUUCUGGUUUUCAGGAAGAGAACAUUCUUGUGCUUACAGAAGAGGAGGCACGACCAGAGUUUACUCCUACAAAGAGAAACAUACAGAAAUCAUUAAACUGGCUUGUGGAGGACUGCCGAGCAGGAGACUCCUUGGUAUUCUAUUUCUCCGGCCAUGGAGUACGACAACCGGAUUUCAAUAAGGAUGAACAAGAUGGAUUUGAUGAAACUAUUUGUCCAGUUGAUUUCUUGGAAGAAGGGAUGAUAUUUGACAAUGAUAUCAAUUCUACCAUUGUUUGGCCUCUUCCUCGAGGUGUCACCCUCCAUGCUAUUGUUGAUGCUUGUCAUAGUGGAACCAUCCUUGAUCUUGUGCGUGUCUACGACAGAGAAAAGAAGCAAUGGCAAGAUAAUAGCCCUCCAAAUGGUACAAGGAAACAUACAAAUGGUGGGUUGGCAAUAUCUAUUGGUGCUUGCGAAGAUAAUCAAAUGGCUGCAGAUACCUCGGCUUUCGGUGGAAAUGGAAUGAAUGGUGCUCUGACCUAUAUUCUGGUAGAAAUUGCGAGAAAACACCCUGGACCAACAUACGGUGACUUAAUUAACAUGAUACAUGAAACCAUUGACGCAGUUAACAAAAGUGGAUCCGUUCCUGUAAGGAUUAUAAGAUCAAUGCUGCAGAGCAAGUUAUUACAGAAGCCAGUCCUUUCAGCUUCAGAACCAUUUGAUGUCACGAAGAAACAUUUUAUUUUGUGAAUGCAUCAACAAUUGCUGUUGUCUUUUUCAACAUCUAUUCUAAGUGACCCUAACCAUUUGUAGUUUUUCUUUUACACCCAAGUUUUGUUUUGUAAGGAAUAAAGAUAUGGAUACUGUACUGUCCUAGUGCACUUGAUUUCAUGCAUUGAGGUUUCUUUUUUUAUUUAGUUCUGAAUGGAAGUUGUUAUUUAAGAAAUCCAAUUGUUAA